GUAGACAAACCUCUCCCAAAUCCCAGUCGCCCGCCCGCCCUUUCGUAGCUUGAACCCUAGCGGCAGAUCGGGCAGCCGCCGGCCGGGAUGGAGGGGCUCGACGUCGACGACGUCUUCCACCACUACCGGCUGAGCCCUACGGAAGUGGACGCCGUCACCUACUACCUGCCACGCCUCCUCUCCGGCGAGACGCUGCAUGCCGCCGACAAGCUCAUCCACCGCGUCGAAAUCUCCGGCUGCGAGCCCAAGGAUCUGGCCGCCCGGUACGCGCCCGUGCCGCAGGCCGUGAGCAGCGGCGACCGGUUCUUCUUCACCACGUGCAAGAGCAAGAACGGGAGCAAGCUCCAGAGCGUGCGCGGCGCCGGCACCGGCACCUGGACCAUCCAGAAGACCACCGAGAUUUGCCACGCGGGAGUCAAGGUGGGCGAGGUCAAGAACCUGUCUUUCAAGAAGAAGGGAAAGUCCACUGGCUGGGUCAUGGAGGAAUACCGAUGCCUGCUGCCGGAGGCCACCGUCAGCGACGGGGUCAAGGUGUUCUGCAGAAUGCACUUGGCUCAGCAUGCUCCUGACGCGGCCCGCCAGGAAUCGGCCGCGUACAAGCUUCAGCAACAGCAACCAGAGGCUGUGACCCCGUGCACGCACGCGCAGAAGAGGCCAGCGCCCGCCGCCGCCGCCGAUCCUCAUCCGCCGCGCCCGGAGAAGAGGAUGCGCGGUGCCGUCCCGGUCCCGGCACCUGCCACACCGUCGUUCUUGAUGUAUGAUGAGGUAGCCAGAGCAUCAUCCGAGUCCACUACAGUAUCCAACCACUCUGACGUUGCUCAAGCUCCUGAGAUUUCCUCCCGGUCACAUGUGCUGGAGUCUGUCAAGCAUUACAGCCAACAACAGAUUGUUCCCGAGGCUGGCUCAAGCAUUGCAAGGAGCUCAUCUGAAGAGGAUGUCUUUGAGCCAUUGGAGCCUAUUUCCAAUUUGCCGGAUGGGGAGGCAGAUGGUUUUGAUAUCGAGGCAGAUGGUUUUGAUCUUGAAGAACUAAUGAGAAUGAUGGAAGACGACCCAAUUGAACUUGAGCCGAUCACUGUAGCCAACACUGGCAUGGAGAUGGGCCAACAGGAACCUCUGUACCUGGAUGCCUUGGACCAAGGCGUGCUGGAGGGCAUGCUGCAGUCCGAUGACCCUUACCCAAUGUGGAGAUCAGAGGAUCGGGCCAUGCACAACCCUGCCUUCCAUGAUGCUGACAAUGAGAAGAGGUACAAUGCUGCGUCGGAUCUUGACGCUCCAUCGCUACAGGGACAGGACCACUUGUCCAAACCGCGGCCGUGCUCCUUCGAUCCAUUUGAAGAAGCGUGGAAGGCCGAAGAGGCGCUCGAGAAGGAGAAGAGGUGCAAUGCCGCGGCCAAUCUUCACGCUGGAGGGCACAGCAACUUCUUCUCGCCUGCAAGUGUCUAUUAAAUCCGAUGUUGAACCUCUUUUCAAAGUGUAUACGAGGAUACUCACUGGCUGAUGUAUUAGUUCGUCCA